UCAGGACUGCACGUUACAGCAGCAUGACAACUUAGCAGUAACAAUGUAACAUGAAUGGAUUUUGAGUUUUUUCCAAUCAAAUCUUUGCGUCUCCCAUUUCCAAAAAACCCACCAAUUAAACUUGGGUUGGCAUGAAUACCUCUUCGCCAUCCACCUCUUCCUCCGCAACAGCCACCUCCUCCUCCUCCGGCACCUCAUGGUUCUCCGGCAUCGUUCGCGGUCGCUCCGACAAAGCUUUGAACUCUAGAACCGCCCCUCCUUCCGUCUCCGUCGUCUCCGGCGCCGGCGACAAUCCCUCUUCUUUAGGUCCUGUCAUUAAAAAGAACAUGUUUCGCGGUGUUCUCUUUCGUUAUGGUCCCAAGUCUAUGCAGGUUGCGUUUAAAACAGGGGAUUAUAAGCAACAAGUCGUGUUCAUUGGUGGAUUGACUGAUGGGUUUAUGGCCACUGAGUACUUGGAGCCCUUAGCAAUUGCUUUGGAGCAUGAAAAAUGGUCAUUGGUUCAGAUACUCCUUUCGUCUUCUUACACUGCAUAUGGACUUUCAAGUCUUGAGCAAGAUGCUAUGGAGCUUGAUCAAUUAAUCAGUUACUUAAUAAACAAGGAAAAUUCCGAUGGUGUGGUGCUACUUGGUCACAGUACUGGAUGUCAGGACAUUGUGCAUUAUAUGCGCACAAAUGCAGCAUGUUCCAGAGCUGUCCGUUCCGCCAUUUUGCAGGCUCCAGUUAGUGACCGUGAAUACCGAGCAACGCUUCCUGAAACAGCAACCAUGAUUGACUUAGCUUCAAAAAUGAUUAGUGAAGGAAAAGGAUCUGAUCUUAUGCCCAGGGAAGCAAAUUCAGAUGCUCCUAUAACUGCCUAUAGGUAUCAUUCCCUGUGUGCAUAUAUGGGUGAUGAUGAUAUGUUCAGUUCUGACCUCAGUGAAGAUCAAUUAAAAAUGAGACUGGGUCACAUGUGCAAUAUACCUUGUCAGGUCAUCUACUCUAUGGGUGAUGAAUAUGUGCCCGAUUAUGUGGACAAAAAAGCACUUGUAGAAAGAUUAUGUAGAGCGCUUGGCGGAGCAGAGAAGGCUGAAAUUGACCUUGGUAACCACUCCUUGUCCAACAGGGUGGAAGAAGCUGUCCAGGCCAUUAUAGACUUCAUUAAAAGAGAAAUACCAAAAGGUUGGGAUGAUCCUUGGAAUUGAGUUUGUAAUGCCCUCGUAGCUAUUUAUCUUAAGCCCUCCAUUCUUUUCAUUCCUCCUUUUAUUUCUCUUAUUUGGAGUAAGUUACGUGAAAUUUUUCCCUGUUUGGUUGGUUGCUUGGUUUACAAUCCACAAUGAUUACAUUAAGACCGUUUUUGUAAAAAAAUUGUCUCAAAGUAUAGGAAUUAGCUUGUACUUUAGGGUUUUUUUUUAUUAUUAUUAUUUUUUUCAACUGCAGUCUUUCAAGAACAAGAUAUUUGAUCAUAUUGUAAAGAGGUGAACAUGUUAGGGGAUUUUCAUACCAGUUAUAUUUGUGUUCUCAUUUC